GGGCGGGCCGAGAGCAGGGGCCGGGGCUCAGAGCAUCGCUCGGGCUCGGUGCCGCCGCCGGCUCCGUCCCUGCUCCCGCGUCCUCUCCCUCGCCGGCAGCCCCUUCCCUCCCGCGGACAUGUCGUCGCCGUCGUCCGGGGAACGGUACGAGGAGGAAGAGGAGGAGGAGGAGGAAGACGGCGCCUACGAGAGCCAGGCUAAGCGGCUGAAGCCCAGCGCCGCUGCCGAGGAAGGCGAGAUCGAGUACAGCGGCGCGGAGGAGAGCGAGGGCCGGCGGGACAAGCCCCCCGCAUCGCGCGGCGGCGGCAGCGGCGGCUUCUCGGGCGGGGAUGCCGGGGGAAGUCAUCACAAAGUCUCCGUUUCUCCUGUCGUCCAUGUCCGAGGGCUGUGUGAGUCUGUGGUGGAAGCAGAUCUCGUGGAAGCUCUUGAGAAGUUUGGAACCAUAUGCUAUGUCAUGAUGAUGCCGUUCAAGCGCCAGGCUCUGGUGGAGUUUGAAAACGUGGAGAGUGCAAAGAAAUGUGUGACCUUUGCAGCAGAUGAGCCUGUGUACAUUGCUGGGCAGCAGGCCUUCUUCAACUACUCCACCAGCAAGAGGAUCACUCGGCCAGGGAACACUGAUGACCCAUCUGGAGGGAAUAAAGUUCUCCUGUUGUCAAUUCAGAAUCCUCUCUACCCAAUUACAGUGGAUGUUUUGUACACUGUGUGCAACCCUGUUGGGAAAGUUCAGCGCAUUGUUAUAUUCAAGAGAAAUGGAAUACAAGCCAUGGUUGAGUUUGAAUCAGUGUUUUGUGCCCAGAAGGCGAAGGCUGCACUCAAUGGAGCAGAUAUCUAUGCAGGAUGCUGCACACUAAAAAUUGAAUAUGCAAGGCCAACUCGACUUAAUGUCAUUAGGAACGACAACGAUAGUUGGGACUACACUAAGCCAUAUCUGGGCCGCCGAGACAGAGGGAAGGGCCGGCAGAGACAAGCUAUUUUGGGAGAGCACCCAUCAUCCUUUAGACAUGAUGGCUAUGGCUCCCAUGGUCCUUUGUUGCCCUUGCCAAGCCGGUACCGGAUGGGAUCUCGGGACACUCCCGAACUCGUGGCUUACCCAUUGCCACAGGCAUCCUCCUCGUACAUGCACGGUGGGAAUCCUUCUGGGUCAGUUGUCAUGGUUAGUGGCUUGCAUCAGCUCAAGAUGAACUGCUCAAGGGUAUUCAACCUGUUCUGCUUGUAUGGAAACAUUGAGAAGGUGAAAUUUAUGAAGACUAUUCCAGGCACAGCACUGGUGGAAAUGGGUGAUGAAUAUGCUGUAGAAAGAGCAGUCACACAUCUCAAUAAUGUCAAGUUAUUUGGAAAGAGACUCAAUGUCUGUGUUUCCAAGCAGCACUCAGUAGUUCCAAGCCAGAUAUUUGAACUGGAGGAUGGCACGAGUAGUUACAAGGAUUUUGCCAUGAGCAAGAACAAUCGCUUCACCAGUGCUGGCCAAGCAUCCAAGAACAUCAUCCAGCCACCCUCCUGUGUGCUGCAUUAUUACAAUGUUCCCCUGUGUGUGACUGAGGAAACAUUUGUAAAGUUAUGUGAGGAUCAUGAAGUUCUCAGCUUUAUUAAAUACAAAGUGUUUGACCCAAAACCUUCUGCCAAAACACUGUCUGGUCUCUUGGAAUGGGAAUGUAAGACAGAUGCAGUGGAAGCUCUCACUGUACUUAAUCACUACCAGAUAAGAGUCCCAAAUGGCUCCAACCCUUACACCUUGAAGCUUUGCUUCUCUACUUCAUCCCAUUUAUAGAGAAGAGGACAGCAUGUUAAGAGCUACGUUCACCUGGAUUUGCAAGUUAAAAACUACACUUCGUUCACAAAGCUCUAAAGUGGUUCUAAUGUUGCCUUGUUUCAACUUAAUUCUGAUAUCUUUUAUCUUGUUUUAUAAUAAAUGGAUGUUCCUUCAUAAAUACAAACCAGAUUUUUUUUUAUUUUUGCCUCUGAGAAGUACAUGUUGUAAGCUUACUACAAAGUUUGUAUUUUGUUAGUGUAGUAUCUUCAAAUGUCUAAAGAAGCACCAGUAGGAUAAACAAGAUUGUUUCUUUUCAAAAAAUGAAAUAUAUUUGCAUUUUCAAAAUGUUAAAGAUUAGCAAGUAUUUUUCCAUUUGUAGUCUUAAUUGGCAGAUAGAAUUAUUCUAGCAGAUUUUUAAAUGUAGAACUUGUUUUUCAGUAUGUUAAGUAGUGAAGUAUGUUGCAAUACUAAAAAGGAGCUUGUAUUUAUAAAAUGCUUUGAUUGGGUUAAUGUUGCACAUACUGAACUUUUAGUAGUACAGACUUGAUUUAUAGUUUCAAACAGAGCUAAUGUAGAAAAUUAUUAAGUAUGUACACGUGUAUGGUAUGAAUUCAUACUUAUUUAAAGUGGUUUUGUUUGGUUUUUUUAAUCCUAUUUUCCAUUUGCAUUAGCAUGAUGCCAUCUACAGCUAGUCCCACCGUAGGGGCCUUUUAAAAAUUAAAAUUGCAAGCCUGUAUCAAUGUGUUCAUCCUCAUUUUCCAUGAUUUAAACUUAAAUCUUUGGUGUUUAACAUAUCUUUUUGACUCUUUUUUUUUAAAGCAGUGGUUAUGACAUACUAAAUGGUAAAAGUCAUGGGGGAGGUGACAACAUGGAUCACAAUAGAAAACAAGGUGGUAAAAAUAUUUAAACAAAAAGAAAACCCUCAACAUAUCCUUUCUUACCUGGACAGUUAAUUCAGCGUUUUCUUCUCUCUGAUUGACCUUAACCAUUUAUUACGACCAUGAAAGAAUUCAUUGAGUGAAUAGUCUUGGCUUGUCUGUAGCUUAAGAUGAGCUAAUCUCAGUGGGAUUCAGGUAAAGUAACUGACUGUGUGAUGUGAAAUUAAUGAGGUGAGAAAUCUUUCACUUCAGAGAAGAUGAUUUGUUCUGUCCCAGUCCUUUGAAACCUCUCUUGUGAAACUGGAUUUGUCUUGUUUGGGCUAAGCCCCCAGAAAAGGAAUCCAAGCAGUGGAGUCUGGGAGCUGUUGUCCUAGGCUCUGUGUUCUCCUUUCUGAAUUUGUGGAAUCCUUUCUGGAUUGCUGAGGGCUUCUUUCAGGUCUGUUCUUAGUCAUUGCAGAGAAGUUACUUAAUCAGCUAUUUUAUACUUCCUCAUACAAGUUCUUUGUUCUGUCUUUAUGGAUUUUAUCCAUAUUCAUCCUUUAUGCCAGAUGAUUUGUGCAGAGUGCUUGUCCUUGAGAGGUUAUGUUGUAGGAUGUUUACAGGCUGUGAGCAUUGCACAUCUUUCAAUAGACUGGAUUUUCCCCAUUCUUAAUUUCAAGGCAAAUAUUCCUUUUCAUACAAGAAAAGGAUGUCAGAUGUCUUUCAGGUUUUCUCAUCAACACUGGUUCAUUUUUGCCCUGUCUACCUCCAUGUUGUUCAUGCUUCAGAUAACGGGUGUUUUAGGUAUUCCCAUCAGGCUUUUCAUAUGUCUGAACUGGGAACUGAAAACCAGCUGCCCUUUGGCAGGUCUUCCAGCACAGGGUUUGGAAUAAUCCCAGCCUCCUGCCUGUGAGGCAGCAAUGAGACUUUCAUCUAGGGGCACUGCUGAGACUCUUUCAGCCUCAGUGCUCUUUCCCCAGAAAUUGCUUCCAGACAGCUCCAGCACAGAAGUCCACGUGCCAUAUCUUGCUGCUGGUGAAAUGCUCUGUGCUGCUUUUAACUGUAAAAGAUCUCUCCUAAUCUCUCAUUUCUCUUUUAUCACUUUGAAUGUUGUGUGGAACCCUGUUUCUUCUGUCACAAUUUCCAUUGCUAGUUGUGUUAAUGUAGUUCCAGAAGUUGUUUGUAGUUGAACAUUAAAAACAGUUUGUUUUCAAAUUGCAGUGUGGGAUGAGUGACCCUUAAAACAUUCAGAUUUCAUGAAACAAAACCAAAAACAAACAAACAAAAAAGAGAACUGCACUUCAAUGUUUUGGUUUCCUCAGUGGAUCACAGCAUUCAGUGCCUAAGAUGUUCAGGUGACAGGCAUCUUUCCUGUGUCUUCCCAGAUGAAAUGGAGCACGGUUCUGGGUGCAUCACAGAGGACUUGAUAGCAACUGGAAGGCCCAUAUGCAAAAUGAGUAGCCUGUGACAUGUAAGGCAGAAAAGAGAAGAGAAUGAAGAAUUGUGCAAGCUUCUUUCUCCACAAAAUAAUCAUCUUAUUCAUGUCUUCAUGACAACAGGAAAGAUUUUUUGUUGGUGUUUUGCUGUUACAAGAAAAUAAUGUUUUCUCUUGGGCCUACAAGAGUGGAUGCUUGUCCUUAGGAAGGAAUGAGGUUGGUUUUCUUCCACACAUGAGAUCUGUGUUCACCUUUAAUCUUGCUCUUUAGACCGGAGCCCAAACAGGUGAGGAAUCAGUUGCUCCAUAGGGAAUGAAGUUUGUCUCUCAUUUGGCAAUGGUAUUACCAUACUUGUUAGAUUGAAAUUAAACCUCCAAGGUCUCUUAAUGCAGGGUUUUUUCCUGUCUCUUUUGCUUAAGUCACACAAGCAAAACAUUGAACGUUGCUAUGCAUGUUCCCUGCUUGUAAGCAGCUGUCAUUCACAAUGUAAUAUCUUCAUGUCUGUCCCACUGUUUGUUUUGUUGGGUUUUCUUUUUUAAUGAUGUUUGGUUUGUUUUUCCAAUUGAUCACCUUUCAUUGGGGGUAAAGGUGUGUUCAGGUGGAGAUAUGUUCUUCUCACCAUACUCUAAUUCUUGUUUAUAUUUAUUUUUCCUCAUAUGCAAGAAGUGUGAAGAGUUGUUUUUUGACUUUCUGUACCACCACAGCAAGACAGAGUGCAUUGCUAGGGUGAUGAAAGAGAAGAGUUAUAAGAAAACGUGGAGGUUGUGUUUGGGUGUCCUGUUUUGUGAAAGGAAUGAUACAACUGGAUGUGGUGUCACAAAGUGUGUCCUUUAGAAAGGGAUAAUGUGUGGGGCAAGCUGGCUUGUUACUGGCUGAAACCCUUUUGUUGUAAUUAAAUGCAACUUGCUCCUUUU